AUGGAUGCCGCAACGAGAGACCUAAUUGUCAAGACUCAGGUGCUACCAUUUCUAGAGACAGUCUCAAAUCCCGAGGUUGUCUCCUCUCUAGUUCUGGAGCAGGCGGUGGGCACAAUUUAUAACGUCUUAUUUGGAAUAGACGGAUCCAGAGCAGCGCGAUGGCUCAAUUUCAUCUGUGGCGUUCUCGAAGUUGACACAACCAACGAAGGCAGUGCCAUGUUACUGGAGGCAUCUUUACACACGUUCUCUCGCAUGGCAGACCUAAAUUCUACUGCUUCUAUCCAGGACCGCCUACAUGCCGUGGCACAGAGAUUUGAGGCUGUGUUCGCCUCAUUGAAUAACAAGAAUGGCAUGAGCAGUAGACUUUAUCAAUCUCGACUGCACCUUGAUCGUCUUCUUCAGCGCAUGGAGACUGGAAAGUCGCUCCCAACCGGUACGCCAGAGAAGAAAAUCAAGAUGGAAAGCAAUGUGGCUUUUGUCUUCAAUCGAGCUGCUCCCGGGGGCAGACAUAACAAUGACUUUGACGACAUCUGCCAGAUAAAGAUCAUGCCUAGCUUCGAGGAAAUCUGCAGCGUUCGAGAGGAGUAUUUGCCCGUAAAUAACCCCCUUCAGUGGCAUAUUGAUGGUAUCGACGGAUUGCUCGAUCGAAACUUUCGGUUGCUGCGAGAAGACACCGUCGGUCAACUUCGAGAUGCAAUCCACCACGAAUUGAAACCGCGUGCUCAGCAAUCACAACUGCGCAGGUUCGUGUAUCCCAAGUCCAUGGUGGUCAAUCUCGAGUUCAAUUGGCUCUCGGGUCUUUACUUCGAGGUCGACUUCCCUCAGCCUGCUGCAGUAACGAAUUACACAUCCAUCGCCCGAGAGAUCUGGUGGCAGAACUCAAAACGUCUACAGGCUGGCGCACUUGUGUGCCUGAUCAUUCAAAAGGAUGUGGUAUUGUUUUGCACCGUGACACAUCGUGGCAUGUCUCCCAGGCGCAAAAGGUAUGAUGCCUUCCCACAGAACAGGGCAGAGCCAAAAACGCUAUGGAAGAGCUCCACGAGAGGCUCGGUUACAUUGACGCUGGUUGAUUCUCGGCACACCAACAUUCAAGUCGUUCUUGACCUUUUUACUUCCAGAAAACCCGCGAUGUCUCUGGUGGAGUUUCCAGGAGUCAUUCUUUCGGCUUUUGAACCGACUCUCCAAGCCAUUCAAUCUAUGAAAGUUGCCCAAAACCUACCUUUCUCAGAGCUGUUUACUCCGUGGGUCUUUGAAGAUUUCAACGUAUCUGAUAUGGCUCCUCCGUUGUAUGCUUCGCAGCCUGGCUUCGCAUUCAAUCUCUGCUGCCUCAUGAAGGAUGACACUAAUUUCUACGUCCGCGUCAAUCAACCAUCUGACGUGAAAUACGUACAGGAUCAUUCAACUCUGGAUGGUGCACAGGCUCAAGCAUUAAUUAGUUGUUUGAAGCGCAAGCUCGGUUUGAUCCAAGGGCCACCUGGUACUGGUAAGAGUUAUACUGGUGUGGCUAUUGUCAAAGUCUUACUGGCAAACAAAGAGGCUGCUGGAGGAAAAUUGGGACCCAUACUAUGUGUGACAUAUACCAAUCAUGCUCUUGACCAGCUUCUUGAGGCUUUACUGGACCACAAUGUGACGUCGCAAAUUGUUCGCAUUGGAUCCCAGUCCAGGUCGGAGAGGUUGGAAAGAUUCAACCUUCAGACUGUUUCGAAAGAGACAGCACGAACAAAGAUGGAAAAGAAAGAAAGAUGGAGCACAGCCGAGAGACUCUCAUUGUGCGAGGAUGAGUUUCGCGCUCUUGACCUGAAGAAGGAAAUCCCCAUUGCUCGUCUCAAGUCCUACAUCCAGCGAACAGAUCUCCAACACCAUGAUCAGCUGUUUUCACUGGUUCAAGAAGCUGGUUUCUUGGGAGUAAAAAUCGAGAGCCCUCAGACCGCGAUCAACUCCUGGCUUGAUUCAGCAGCCAAAGAAAAUGCUCGUGCGCGACCUGUAAUGUCCGUUGUCCUCCUUCUGUCAAAUCUGCGGAAGUGA